AUUCAUAAUUCAUCAAUCAACCCCUUUUAUAAACACUUCUAAGUUGUAACAGAUUUAGAACACAGAGCACUAAACCAAGAAGAAGAAAAAAGAGAAGUAGAAGAAUCACAUAAGCUAAAAAAAUGGGAACAGAAUCCAAACCAUUGAAAAUCUACAUGCUCCCAUUUUUUGCACAAGGACACUUAAUCCCUCUUGUAAACUUAGCUCGAUUAGUAGCAUCCAAAAACCAACAUGUAACCAUCAUAACAACACCUUCAAAUGCUCAACUCUUCGAUAAAACAAUCGAAGAAGAAAAAGCCGCCGGCCACCAUAUCCGCGUCCAUAUCAUCAAAUUCCCAUCAGCCCAACUCGGUCUACCUACCGGCGUUGAAAAUCUUUUCGCUGCUUCCGAUAACCAAACUGCCGGUAAAAUUCACAUGGCUGCUCAUUUCGUUAAAGCGGAUAUUGAAGAGUUCAUGAAAGAAAACCCGCCUGAUGUGUUUAUUUCGGAUAUCAUCUUCACCUGGAGUGAAUCCACUGCGAAAAACCUUCAAAUUCCACGGCUUGUUUUUAACCCGAUUUCAAUUUUCGAUGUUUGUAUGAUCCAAGCUAUACAAUCUCAUCCCGAAUCUUUUGUUUCUGAUUCGGGACCUUAUCAAAUUCACGGUCUACCUCAUCCUCUUACACUUCCCAUUAAACCAUCACCAGGUUUCGCUAGACUCACAGAAUCACUUAUAGAAGCUGAAAAUGAUUCUCAUGGCGUGAUCGUUAAUAGCUUCGCUGAACUUGACGAAGGUUACACAGAAUAUUAUGAGAAUCUCACCGGACGGAAGGUUUGGCAUGUGGGACCAACUUCUCUAAUGGUGGAAAUUCCCAAAAAGAAGAAAGUAGUGAGUACUGAAAAUGAUUCCUCUAUCACGAAACACCAGAGUCUCACUUGGCUCGAUACUAAGGAACCAAGUUCGGUUCUUUACAUUAGCUUCGGGAGUUUAUGUCGUUUAUCAAACGAACAACUUAAGGAGAUGGCUAAUGGAAUCGAAGCGUCAAAGCAUCAAUUCCUUUGGGUGGUUCAUGGAAAAGAAGGAGAAGAUGAAGAUAAUUGGUUACCAAAAGGUUUUGUAGAGAGGAUGAAGGAAGAAAAGAAAGGAAUGUUGAUUAAAGGAUGGGUUCCACAAGCGUUAAUAUUGGAUCAUCCAUCGAUAGGCGGAUUCUUAACGCAUUGUGGCUGGAACGCGACCGUGGAAGCAAUAAGUUCCGGAGUACCAAUGGUUACAAUGCCCGGAUUCGGGGAUCAAUAUUACAACGAGAAAUUGGUGACUGAGGUGCAUCGCAUUGGCGUGGAAGUUGGCGCCGCGGAGUGGAGCAUGUCGCCUUAUGAUGCUAAGAAGACAGUGGUGAGAGCUGAAAGGAUAGAGAAAGCUGUGAAGAAAUUGAUGGAUAGUAAUGGUGAAGGUGGAGAAAUAAGAAAAAGGGCUAAAGAAAUGAAAGAGAAAGCAUGGAAAGCUGUUCAAGAAGGUGGAUCAUCGCAAAAUUGUCUUACAAAACUUGUUGAUUACCUUCAUAGUGUGGUAGUUACCAAAUCAGUGGAGCUAAACUAGCUAGUGUGCUAGUUUUAAUUUUCCUUUUUCUUAGUUCUGUUGUAUCUAUAAUUUGAUUUUAAAUGUUUUCUAAUCAAUAAAAAACAUGAAUAAUUUCAUCUUCAAUGUUUUCAAAUCAA